CUCCUUCAAAUUACAAUAUUCGUUACGGAUCAAAAUUUAUCACCGUGCUACAACCGACACUUCCCUUCCUCUUUCUAGUUUCUACACCCAUUUCUGGAAGAUUUAGACAAAUAUCCGACGAGUGAUCAUUCUUCGGGAGUGAUUCAUUCUGUGAAAAUCGUGGUUUCGAUUUUGAAUUAACGACUAUGAAAGCAAAUUAAAGAUUCAAGAUGAAGGCAUUGAUUCUUGUUGGAGGAUUUGGAACUAGGUUGAGGCCAUUGACACUUAGUUUCCCUAAGCCUCUAGUCGACUUCGCUAAUAAGCCCAUGAUCUUACAUCAGAUUGAAGCUCUGAAGGUUGUCGGAGUUACUGACGUGGUUUUGGCUAUCAACUACCAACCCGAGGUGAUGUUGAACUUCUUGAAGGAUUUUGAAGCCAAGCUCGGGAUCACAAUUACAUGUUCCCAAGAAACCGAACCUCUCGGUACUGCGGGUCCAUUGGCUUUGGCUAGGGACAAACUGAUUGACGAAUCUGGUGAUCCAUUUUUUGUUCUUAAUAGUGAUGUUAUUAGUGAGUACCCAUUGAAACAAAUGAUCGAGUUCCACAAAGGUCAUGGAGGAGAGGCGUCAAUUAUGGUUACAAAGGUUGAUGAACCAUCAAAAUAUGGUGUUGUUGUAAUGGAUGAAUCAACCGGGAAGGUUGAAAAGUUUGUGGAAAAACCGAAACUAUUUGUUGGUAACAAGAUCAAUGCCGGGAUUUACCUAUUGAACCCGUCUGUUCUCGACAAGAUUGAAUUAAGACCCACCUCCAUUGAAAAAGAGGUAUUUCCGAAAAUUGCAGCCGAGAAGCAACUCUAUGCAAUGGUUUUACCUGGGUUUUGGAUGGACAUCGGACAGCCAAGAGAUUACAUCACGGGUUUGAGACUUUACCUUGACUCAUUGAGGAAAAACUCCUCACCAAAACUUGCUAGUGGCUCUCAUAUCAUUGGAAACGUCUUAGUCGACAAGAGUGCAAAAAUCGGAGAAGGAUGUCUUAUUGGACCCGAUGUAGCAAUAGGUCCGGACUGUGUGAUAGAGGUCGGUGUUAGACUUUCUCGGUGCACGGUUAUGCGAGGGGUUCGGAUCAAGAAGCACACUUGUGUCUCAAGCAGCAUCAUCGGAUGGCACUCAACUAUUGGGCAAUGGGCUCGGGUGGAGAACAUGACUGUUCUUGGCGAAGAUGUUCAUGUCUGUGAUGAAAUUUACAGCAAUGGGGGAGUUGUUCUGCCCCAUAAGGAGAUCAAAUCUAGCAUUUUGAAGCCAGAGAUAGUAAUGUGAAUCAAGUUGUUUAACAAGUUAAAAUUUUGAAUUAUUUUUGGGGGACUUGUCACUUGUUAAUUGUUAUAGUAGCCCUAAUCAUUAAUCCCCCAACUUGUGUACAUAGGAAAAUAAUUUGUAUUAGUUGUCAUUUUUAUGUGGUUAUCUUUUAAUAAUAUUCUCUCUCAUUUGUCA